UUUCCUGUCAGUAACAUAUACCUUCCGUGUAAGUUAACAGUAAACUUACAAACUUAACUAGCCUCUAGUGAUAUACUCAGUUCUUUAUUUUAUGUUCAUUCAGUAAAAAUGGAAUUUAUAAAUUGUCUCGCGGCAAUUUUAUGCACCUUAUUUCUGUCAAGUAUAGGGUCGAUGGAGCCAGACGGAGGGGGAUGCCCAAGGUUUGCGUUUGAGCACAAACUUCUUGAAAGUCUUGUACGUGUCGAACAUGCAGUUACGACAUUGGGAAAUAAAAUUAACAACCUUGAAGAACGGAUUAACACAUUGGAAAGUACAGAUAAAAGUAACAGCAAAAUGAUUGCCUUCACAGCCGUUCUAGAUCGCACUAAAAAGUUCAGUAAUGGGGACAUUGUCAACUUCAACUUAGUAUUGAACAACGCUGGAAAUGGGUAUGAUCGAAACAGUGGUAGAUUUACAGCACCGGUAUCUGGAACGUACAUGUUUGCAUUCCAAAUCGAACACUAUACAAAUAAGAUAGUUGUCCAUCUUAUGUUUGAAAAUGUGCGCCAAUGUAGUGCUGUUAUAGAACCUAAAGGAAAAAGUACACAGAGUGCAGGAAAUGCCAUUAUUGCGUUACAAAGAGGGCAAUCUGUUUGGAUUGAAACAUUAGGAGGAGAACUAUAUGGCAAUGAUAACUUUUACGGGACAGUUUUCAGCGGAGCCUUUUUAUUUUAAAGGAAAUGGUUUUCAGGCGGAAAACAUUGUCUGCGAUUUUGAUUGCAUAUUUUUUAUGCUGAAGCAUGUAGAUAUAUUUUUAAAUCAAAUUCAUUGAUAGAAAUUGUAAUUCGAUAAUAAGCUGUAGUGUUUUUUGUUUCUUUUUUCAUAAAUUUUAUUCUUUGAAAGUAAAUUUUGACAAAUCAGUUUCAUGAACAUUGAUUAUUUUCUCAUAUUUCUUUUUUUAAGUUGAUUUCUAACUUUUUGUUUUCAUUAUCUCCGUGUCCAAAAUACUUAUAAAAUAUUACUAAAUAUAUAAUAGCAAAACAAUAGACUAAAUUUUCUUUAGCUCAUGUAUAAAAGAUUGAAAGUUGAACCACUCGUAGGAUAUGUUGCUUGCUUUUUUUGAAUUUGUCGUUUAACAGCUGACUCUCAGACUGUAUAACUUUUAAUUUAAAAUCAUGGGUCAUAUAGCAUUUAAGUUUCCCAAUGUUCCCAACUUUGUGUAACCUUUCGUUUAAGGAUGAGAUUGAAAUUUUAAAAGGACAUAUUUAACGUAACUGAUAAAGUUUUAUGUGGUAGCAAUUGUCAGUCACAGACCACCCACUAUUUGAGGAAUGUUCUAUGAAAAUUAUUCUUUAACAUAUCUUGUAAAGUGAUUGUUAUUAACAUUCUAAUCUCAUCAUUUAUAUCCAACCACAGUCGUUUUAGAUCACAAAAUAGUUCAGUUCUUGGAGUGUUCUCUAAUUCAACUCGAUAUUGAACAACUUAGGAAUGGGAACGAUCCCGACAGAAAACAGUUUACACCACUUUCUGGGACAUAAAUUAUUUCCUUCCAAAUAGAACACUGGGAUACUAUAAACAAAUAUGUUGGGAAACGUUCUGAAAGGUUCUGCACUUAUUAAUCCUGCAGAAAGAGGCACCCUGCGUUAUAUAGAGGUUGCUCUUAUUUCGCUUUUACGCGGACAAUCGGUUUGGAUGGUCAUGUGUGUUGAAGUGGCAUGAUUUACGCGACAGCUUUCAGUGGAUCGUACCUGUACCUCGGCAAAUUUUGCGUACAUGCCGAAUUAAGGUCGACUGGUCGCUAUAGCCAGUGGUUUAGCGAAUAGCUAAGCGAUGAUAUGUAAUAAUAUUAUUUUUACUUAUAAUGAUGAAACUACAUUUUGUAAUAUCAAUUAUGGAAUGUAAGAGAAAUUGUAUGAAGUUUAAACUAUUUUAAAUUGUUCAAAAUUUAUUUACAAAAACAUAACACAGCCAGGUAUUGUAAUCAUGAUUGAAAUCAAGAUGGAUUUAAUUUCCUUUUUCAGAAGUGUUUUCUUUGUUAUUUUUCUUUUCUUAACAUGAGAUAUAAUCAAGGAAAAUAUCGCUUCAAAAUGAUCUGUAUGACGAUAAUACAAACACAACAGCUUUAAAUUCUAGUGUAACAAUACGUUAUGGUAUUAAGUUUUAGUAUUUACACCUUAAAUAUAGUAUCGCACGAUCAUUUACGUCCCUUAAAAGAGUUCAAUGCAAACGUGUAUUAUGUCAAUGUUACAAAAUAAUAAUCAUUGUUUUUAACAGUUUCUUUUCUCUCUCUCUCAACUCUACUCUUUCAAUUUUCAUUCGAAAUAUUUAAGUUAUUACACUACGUAGUUAGUAGGUAUAUAUUUUGUAAAUAUUCUCCUUUACGUAGUAUAGAAAUUUCACCACAAUUAAAGUUUAUUUCGGCUAACGAGGUUGUAACGAUAGAUGAGGGCAAUGGUUCGCAUUCGUAGGGCCCAAGUUAUUCUACAUAAUUUGAAUUGAAUAUAAGAUGAAUGGAUGUUACCAACUAAGCAAUAAGAUACUAAUUUUAAAUACAAUGUAAAAUAUAAAAAGGCAUUAUAAAGUGACCUUGGCAUUGACCCCAUUUUGAAAACAUCCUAAUUAAGUGGUCAACACAAGAUACCUACACUGUCCAGGUAUGUCAGGUAUCAAAACUCAAAAAGCAAAUGAGAAAAAAACAACUCUAUUUAUAGGUUCAAGAACCUUGACCCAAUAAACUCAUAUUUUACCAAAGGUAUCCCUUCAAUAAGCUACCAAAUAUUUAAGAUAAAAAAAAUGCUGCUCAACAAAUAAAGGCCUUAUUGAAAAGCUACAGGUACAUGUACCUGAAAAAAAUUAAUGAAGUACAAACAAUGAACUAUAUAAUUAUGCCCCUUGAAAUUAAAGGGGAGCACAAAAAAGGAAAUGAAACACAAAUAAUCAUUUAAAGAAAAUCAUAAAAGCAAUGUUUUUUGUAGUCAUGAAUAUGAACUCAAUUUUCAACCCCUUCUCUUCAGUUGUUUUGGAGAUACCAACUUACAUGCAUACACUUUACCAGUGUGACGGUCAUUGCAAACAUUGAAAACGUGACUAUAAGUAUGAUUUGUUUUUUAAUUCUGUUAUAACAAUUCAUAUGCAGCUAUAUUUAUAAUGAUUAAGCAUUUGAUUUGCUUACUGUGCAAAUAAUAUGAAAAUCGUUGAGUUAUAAUUAGUAAAAUAUACUUAAUAUGCAAUUGUUUAAAUCAAGAAAAUUUUGCUAACUUUCUCAAAUCAUUAUCAAACAUAUUUUCGUCAACUUUCCAGAAAGAUAUGCAUAUAAUGUCCAACAUUAUCUAACAUAUUAUCGUCCUCAUAAAAACUAUUUGCAACAAAAUACGAUUGUUCACGUAAUAAUUUUGAUAUUAUAAAUCGAAGCCGAGAACCAGACCGGAUUUUUUACGACAGAGGUCGCCGUAGAAACAAUAACCGCUCCCUCCCCGGUGAAACGUCAAUUUUCACCUUGCUGGAAUAUACAACCACAAGAAACACGAGCACAGAGGACAGAACCACAAGCGUUCGGUGCGUGACCAUGACUUGCACUAUACCUCCUAUCCCCCUCUACAACUCAAAACCCAUAAACAUCAUCCAAAUAUCAUUAAUAUUGACAAAUAUCAAUUAUAUGGAAAAAAUAUGAAAAUUAUAUCACUAGCAUCUCAAUUUUCAGCGUAUAUAUUCAUCCAAUUUUCUAUAACUAAGAAAUGGUACUUUAUAGUCUAGUGCAAAGUAGUACGAACACAAAUAAUUGUAGGUGUUGGGACAGGGUGGUAAUUUCUUGGCUGUCGUUGUCCCAUAAGGAUGACAACUUUACAUAUGAGCACAUAAAAUAAUCUGUAUAGUUAUAGUUAAAAAUAUUGUAACAUAUAUAUUAUGCUGUAAACUAAUUGUUUACUUGUUCACAUGUUAUUACAAAAUGUAUGUUUUGUAAUCUGUGUCUAUGAAAUAAAAGAAAUGUUCUGUUCUGUUCAAUAAGUCAUCCCGGUAUGCCAUAGAAUACAUUAAUUUGACAAGAAAGGACGGACUAAUAAAAAUCUAUUUUUGGCCCAACUCUUAGUGCAGAGUCAUAAAAUCAACAAACCGUUGCCUAUUUCUACAUU